CGCCCAAUCGCCCGCAACCAUGUCUCUCCCCGGCCUCACCUUGCCGGGCCUUUCGCUCAGCUCCACCCCUGUCCCCGCCGACAUUCCCGCCCCGUCUGCCCCGCGCACCCACGAGCUCGCACCCGGCACUGAGUACCGCUUCGAAGUCGGCUUCAACAGCACCCUGCUUGUCAAGCUCCUAGGUGGCACCGCCGAGCUGUUCGGCACCGAACUGGCCGUCAAUGCGAAAGAGCCAUAUGUCUUCAAGGGAACCAAAGGUGCCAUCUACACGUGGCACGGCUGCAAGCUGCAAGUCGAAGGCGAGGCAGAGAGCGAGUAUGUGGCCGAGGAGACGCCAAUGGUCGAAUACGCCAACGUACACUUUGCGCUAGAGGGGAUGCGGCAAAAGGCGGAAGCGGCGGCGGCAGCAGCACCGGGCGGCAAGGCCAGCAGCGACGAGGCGCUGGGCCCGCGCGUGCUGGUCGUGGGACCCGAGAACGCGGGCAAGACGUCGCUGCUGCAGACGCUGACGGCGUACGCAGUCAAGAUGGGGCGGCAGCCGGUGGUGGUGAACCUGGACCCGCGGCAGGGGAUGCUGAGCGUGCCGGGGGCGCUGACGGCGGCGGCGGUGGCGUCGGUGCUGGACGUUGAGGAGGGCUGGGGCAGCAGCCCCAUCAAUGGGCCUAGUCCAGUCCCGGUCAAGAUGCCGCUUGUUUAUCACUAUGGCUUGGGCAGUCCGGAUGAUAACGCCAGGAUGUUCAGGGGCCUGGUGACGCGUAUGGCGCUCGCGGUGACGAGCCGGCUCAGCGAGGAUGAGGACGCGCGCGCCGCGGGCUGUCUGAUUGAUACGCCGGGCUCCAUGAGCAUCGAUAGGAGAAGCGUGUAUGAGAAUAUACAGCAUGUGAUCUCCGAGUUUUCAGUCAACGUCCUCCUCGUCCUCGGCUCCGAGCGCCUCUACAGCGACCUCUCACGGCGCUUCUCGCGCCCCGCCAACACCGCAACAGGCGACAGCGCAGUCUCAGUCCUCAAGCUGGACAAGUCGGGCGGGUGCGUCGACCGCGACGAGGCGUACAUGAAAGGACUGCGACAAGCGCAAAUCCGGGCCUAUUUCUUCGGACACGACGCGUCGACGACGCUGUCACCACACACGCACCGGCUCGACUUCAACGCGCUGCACGUGUUCCGCACCGUAGACUCGUCCACAGCCUCGGCGCACGCGUCCUUCCUCCCCGGCGGUGGUGAUGGCGACGACGCAGACGGCAAUGGCGCCGGCGGCCGCCUGUACGAGAAGGCGCGCCCCUCGCUGCUCAUGGUGAAUGGGCUGCUGGCCAUCACGAGCGCCGAGCCCGGCGACAGCCACGAGACGAUCCGCGACAGCAGCGUCGUCGGCUACGUCUACGUCGCUGAUGUCGACGAGGCGAAGCAACAAGUUCGCCUGCUGGCGCCGCUGGCGGGCCAGAUUCCUCGCAAUGCUAUGGUGUUGGGGUCGUGGCCGGAGGAUGUGGCGGGGCUUGUGGGGUAGAGCGGAGGGGGAACGGGGGGAGGCUGUGCCUUGUGCCGGUUGAGAUACCAUUUGUCUUGUCUUCUUGCUUUUUGUCUUUUUGCUGGCUUGGGUAAGGGUGGAGUUUGUGGCGGCGGCGAUGACGAAGUUUGUCUCUCGGACGAGGAUUGAUGAUGUUAUAGCGAUGGCAUGGGAAAAGUAUCAUGAUAGCGUAGAUACGGUAGGUACGAAAACAAAACAAGAGCUGAGGAUACGGAAGCGUUUGUUCGCGACAAAGCUCUUCCAAUCUCUUCAAGACAGC